AAAAAAACGGCAUUUGGUCAAAACUUUAUCAGUAUUAUUUCCAGACGGCUAUGCUGUCGAUUGUCUCGGUCCAUUCCCUGCGAAUGCCAAUGAUGCAAAAAUAACAGAAAGUAUAUUACAGCUGAAUAAUACUUUCCAGUAUUGGUGUGAAGAUGGAGAUGUGGCUAUAGUUGAUAGGGCUUUUCGAGAUGUGAUUGAAUCUUUAGAAGAGAAUGGAUUUGAUGUUCGCAUGCCAUCGUUUUUACCACCAAAACAAAAACAAUUGACAACAAAAGAGGCUAAUUCAACUCGUUUAAUCACUAAAAACCGUUGGGUUGUUGAAGCCUAUCAUGCACGACUCAAAGACUGGUCAUUAUUAUCAGAACGUAUUCACAAUUCAUUAAUACCGAAUAUUCACGAUUAUGCUCGAAUUACGACGGCUGCAUUAAAUGCAUUUCGAAAACCUAUUUUUUUUACUGAUGAUCCUUCCGAACAUCAACAAAUCGCAAAGUUAAUGCUUGAAUUAUCAACAACCAAAAAUAAUUUACAGAAAUUAAUAGAAAAAGGCACUUUAAAUACUCGUUCUAAAUGGAAAGAUAUUGAUUCAUCACUAAUCAGAUUCCCUACCCUAACAAAAGAUCAACUAUUACAUCUGUUCUUCGGUUCUUAUCAAAUUAAA